UCUACGAAGCUCGAACAAAAGUAUUCUGGAGUCUUCCACUUCACUACACAUUCAAAAUUUUGUUAAACUUUCCUAUUUGCUCUUCAGUAGGUCUCGAAUUUUCAAUUUCAAGUUCACGAUGGUACGAAUCUCUACAUGUUGAAAUCCCUAUUAUUUCCGUUCAACGAUUUCCCGAACCGAUUCCAAGAAAAGAGGACUUUCAUUGGAUGAGAAACGUGAGAAAAUGCUGCAAAUUUUUUAUGACUCACAGGACUUCUUCCUUCUCAAGGAACUUGAGAAGUUGGGCCCAAAGAAAGGUGUAAUCAGCCAGUCAGUAAAAGAUGUUGUUCAAAGUCUAGUGGAUGAUGACCUUGUUUUCAAAGACAAGAUAGGAACUUCUGUAUAUUUUUGGAGUCUUCCUAGCUGUGCUGGUAACCAGCUAAGAAACAUUCAUAGGAAGCUAGACUCUGAUCUCGGAGGUAGUAAAAAACGAUAUGAAGAACUUGUUGAACAAUGCAACACUUUGAAGAAGGGGAGAGAGGAAUCUGAUGAACGAGAGGAGGCCCUUGAUGAGCUUAAAGCUAUUGAAGCAAAAUAUAAUGAGCUAAAGGAUGAAAUAGGCCACUAUGCUGAGAAUGAUCCAGCUAUCUUUGAAGCAAUGAAGAAAGCUAUUGAAGUAGCACAUGCAUCAGCUAACAGAUGGACAGACAACAUUUUCACACUGCGCCAAUGGUGUUCAAACAAUUUUCCCCAGGCCAAAGAGCAACUCGAGCACCUUUACAGUGAGGUUGGAAUAACAGAUGAUUUCGACUAUUUGGAGUUACCUGCUGCGGUUCCUGGUGGCCCUGUUGAGGAUCAGAUGCCAGAAGGCCAUCUUUAAGUCUGUAGCUUUGGCAAUAAAGCUUUCCCCAGCACAUAUAUAAACAAAUUAUGAGAAGAAAAGCAAAAGAAAAGCAGUUUCUUAAUCCUUUUCACGUUCAACUUAUCCUUAUAAAUCAAAGAGUUGCUUGUCCCUCUGUAUACAAGAUUUACAUCUAGACAUGGUUAUUACUUUGGUUUUUUGUUAUUUUUUGGUUCCCUAGGUAUCUAUUUUCACAUCCUUUUAUGGUAAGAUAGCUCUCGUAUAGUUACAUGGCAGGAGUCAACUGCAUUUGAUGCACCAUGACCUGACUACAAGAAUAUAAGUCCUGUGAUGGGCAGAUAUGUAGUAGAAGUCCAAAGUUCUUCACAGACCUGCGAUUCGUUGCGGCAAAAACCCGUCAUAAAUCAUGUUUGGCUAAGCACAAAAAGGCUUAUUAGACUCUCCAAAGGUGCUACUUUUGAGCUUAGCUAAAGAUGGUGAACUUAUUUUCCAUAGAAGGAGAGAAAGAAGUGUGCAAACAGUGUUUGCUUCUUUUUCAUAUAUUUCAUGCUGGAUGAUUGAAAGAAAAGCGAAGAGAUGUGCAAUAUCCUACAUUAGUUGGGGAUAGAAGAUGGAAGCUAGAAGAGCAUAUAAAAUGGUAUAUCUUAUAUCAUUUGAAUGAGAUAGAGAAGGAAAUUCAAAUGAGUUCGUUAUUUGAGACAAAAAUGUAAACGAGUUUAGUUAUCCAAGAUUUAAAAUUGAGUUCAA